AUGGCUGCUCCAGCUACGGUCUGUGUGCUCCUUAUGCUCAUGGCACCUCUGUGCAUCACGCGAUCGACACGCAUCCAGGCGACUGUCCUGGAUGAUAAUAGUGGGAGUGGAGACAAUCCGGGUGCCUCCAUCCCCUCCUCUGCGAGUGUGAAUUUCGGGGUGAAUCCUACAUCCGGGACUAUUGCUGUGAACUUUGUCAAUGGCACCUCGACUUCAAUCAACAUCUUCGAUAGGAUUGUGAACUUCUUUAAAGAGUACAUGCUGCUAAUCAUUGUGGUAGGGUCCUUAGUUUUUGUGCUGCUCUUCAUUGUAUGUGCAGCCGUCAUCGUCCGGCAGAAACACAAGGCCUCUGCCUAUUACCCGUCGUCGUUUCCGAAGAAGAAGUACGUGGACCAGAAUGACCGGUCGGGGGGUGCCAAAGCUUUCAGUGAAGUUCCUGAAAAGGCUCCUGAGACGCACCCGGAGGAGCCCGUGGACUCCUCCAAACAGCUGCAAGCUGAUAUAUUGGCUGCUGCCCAGAACUUGAAAUCCCCAGCCAAGGUCUGCAUGGCAAAUGGAGAUGGGACCAAAAUAGAGGAUAAGCCCCCAAAAGAAGAGGAGGAAGGGACCAAAGUGGAGGACGACAAACUAACAGCUGAGUGUGUUUCCAAAGAACAGGCGGCUCCCCAGGACAAAGCUGAACCAGCAAAAGAGACGCCAGCUCCAAAUUGCACAGCAGAAACGGAGGCCAAAGGAGAAGAACCUCCCUCCACUGAGGAAGUUCAGCACGUGGAGCAGGCCAAUGAGUCAUCACCAGAAGAGCUCAAAGAAUGCCCCGGGGCUGCCGAUCCCGUCAUGCAACCCCCUGAAGGUGAGAAGCAAGAUGUGUCUGUUCCAGCGGCUCCUGAUGCCUGUGCUCCGGGUGUCUAA